CCCGGGCGGGGCGCAUGCGCAGUUGGAGAGUUCCCCGGGACGCGGCGCGAGCUCGGCAACAGCAGCAGCAGAGGCAGCAGCAGCAGCAGCGGGUGGAAAAAAAAGGCAAAGCCGGGACAACGCAUCAGGACUUCCUUCUGCAAAAGAAAAAACUACAGGGUUGGGUUUUUUCUUGCAUUGCACUGGAGCUGCGUUGCAUUGGAGGCGGAGGCCUCCUUGCAGCCUGCUCUGUGCAGCCUCCUUCCCAGGCCUCCCUCCUGCCUGGGAAAGCAACGCCCCCUGAAAUCCCUGGGAUCAGGCCCACCUUGCAACAGCCUUGAGGGCAGGCCUGGGCAUGGAGAUGAAUUAGAUCUGCCUCCUCUUUGCACUCCUCCUUUUGCACCCUCUUUUGCACGCCUCCCUUGGAGGUCAGAAGGAGGAGGAAUUGCCUUCCCCAGCUCAUCCCCUCUCCAGGACCAUUGCUGAACCCAUGAAGCUUUGCAGAGCACCCCCCUUGUUGCUAUUCUUAUACAGCACCCCUGCUUCCCUCAUUCCCAUCUUCUGAAUCCCUUCUGGGCCUUCUUUGGCUCCUCAUUUGCAAUCUCAAGAGGAAAGCAGAUGAAGCCUCCCUGCAUCCUUGUUCAUAUUGGUCCCAAAUAGCAUCCCCAAUGGGCUUUGCUUUCCCCAGGGCUACAUCUCUGUCCAAAGUUUCCUUUUAGUGUUUUGGUAGCCAUUCCCUUGCUGAAACAAGCCAAAAGCCAUUCCUUCGCCAAAGCAAAGCAAGGACCAACUCUCUGGAUCCGGGAAAGGUUUGGUCCAGCUCUGCUGAAUCCUUAAGCACCGUCAGUGGGUUGAGACCAUAUCCCAUUACUAUUAUCAUUGGGUUCAAGCAGCAUCUCGAAUGGGCUUUGCUUUCCCCAUUUUCUGAAGCCUUGGCUUUCCCCAGGGUUACAUCUUUGUCCAAAGUUUCCUCUGGGGUUGACAUUUUAUUGUUUUGGUAGCUGUCCCCUUGCUGAAACAAGACAGGACUAUUUCUGGAUCUGGGAAAGGUUUGGUCCAGCUCUGCUGAAUCCUUAAGCACCGCCAGUGGGUUGAGACCGCAUCCCGUUACUAUUAUCAUUGGGUUCAAGCAACAUCCCCGAUGGGCUUUACUUUCCCCAUUUUCUGAAGCCAGGGCUGCACCUUUGUCUAAAGUUUCUCCUGGGGUUGACAUUCUAUUGUUUUGGUAGCUGUCCUUUGCUGAAACAAGCCAAGAGCCAUUCUUUUGCCAAAGCAAGACAGGACUGUCUUUCUGGAUCUGGGAAAGGUUUGGUCCAGCUCUGCUAAAUCUUUAAGCACUGCCAGUGGGUUGAGAUCGUAUCCCAUUGCUAUUAUCAUUGGGUUCAAGCGGCAUCCCCGAUGGGCUUUGCUUUCCCCAUUUUCUGAAACCUUGGCUUGCGCCUUUAUCUAAAGUUUCCUCUGGGGUUGACAUUUUAUUAUUUUGGUAGCUGUCCCCUUGCUGAAACAAACCAAGAGCCAUUCCUUUGCCAAAGCAAAACAGAACUAUAUUUCUGGAUCUGGGAAAGGUUUGGUCUAGCUCUGCGAAAUUCUUAAGUGUUGCCAGUGGGUUGAGACCGUAUCCCAUUACUAUUAUCAUUGGGUUCAAGCAGCAUCUUGAGAUGUGCUUUGUUUUCCCCAUUUUCUGAAGCCGUUUUUGGCUUCUUUGCUGAGUCCCCUCGGGGAGAUAGGGCGGAAUACAAAUAAAUUGUUAUUAUUAUUAUUAUUAUUAUUAUUAUUAUCGCUCCUCAUUCACGCUUAGACGGAAAGCCCUCUCUUGGCUUCCUGGAAAAGUACGCAAUUGGAUCACCGGAUCUCUGAAAAGCUUAGUCCAACUCCACCGAACUAGAGAACCCUCAUUGAGAUUUGCUUGUGGAUUGAAAUUGGACCCCAUUUUUAAUAUCGUUAGAUGCAAGUAGCAUCCCGGAUUGGUUUUGCUUUCCCUGUUUUCUGAAGCCUUGCUUCCACUUGCCUUGUCUUCUCAUUCAAGCCUGGCAACUUGGCAGCCUCAGGAGGAAAGCCCGCUCUUUGCCCACGGCCCGGGAUUCCUUAUGAGCAAGGAUAGCCACCUCCUGCUGCUUUCUCUUCCUGGCUUGGUAACCUUUCCGAAAGAAGACAGGAUCAUCUUUCUGGAUCUGUGAAAGGGGUUGGUCCAACUCCUCCGAACUGGAGAACUCAUUGGGUUGAGAUCGCUGGGUUCUUCUGCUUUUGCUCCUUGGGGUUCGGCCCCAUUCUCUCCCCGCCAUCAUCAUGAGCUUCUUUGGGUUUGGACAGACCGCCGACUUGGAACUGGUCCUGAGCGACGCCGAAAGCAGGCGCCGGGCAGAACACAAGACCGAAGAAGGCAAGAAGGAGAAGUACUUCCUCUUCUACGACGGAGAGACAGUUUCGGGGAGGGUCAUCCUCACCCUCAAGCACCCCAACAAACGCCUGGAGCACCAAGGCAUCAAGGUGGAGUUCAUCGGGCAAAUUGAACUGUAUUACGACCGAGGGAACCACCAUGAAUUUGUGUCCCUGGUGAAGGAUUUGGCCCGUCCAGGUGAAUUCACCCAAUCACAGACCUUCGAUUUCGAAUUCACGCAUGUCGAGAAACCUUAUGAGUCUUAUACCGGACAGAACGUGAAGCUAAGGUAUUUCCUCCGUGCCACGGUGAGCCGUAGGCUGAACGAUGUGGUGAAGGAAAUGGACAUUGUUGUGCACACGCUGAGCACGUACCCCGAACUCAACUCCUCCAUCAAGAUGGAAGUGGGGAUUGAAGAUUGCCUGCACAUCGAGUUUGAGUACAAUAAAUCCAAAUACCAUUUAAAAGACGUGAUUGUUGGGAAGAUCUAUUUCCUCCUGGUGCGGAUCAAGAUCAAGCACAUGGAGAUCGACAUCAUCAAGAGGGAGACCACGGGGACUGGGCCCAACGUGUACCACGAGAAUGAUACAAUAGCAAAAUACGAGAUCAUGGAUGGGGCUCCAGUAAGAGGGGAAUCCAUCCCCAUUAGGCUCUUCUUGGCCGGCUAUGAGCUGACGCCCACCAUGAGGGACAUCAAUAAGAAGUUCUCAGUGCGCUAUUACCUCAACCUGGUGCUGAUUGAUGAAGAGGAGCGGCGCUAUUUUAAACAGCAGGAGGUGGUGUUAUGGCGCAAAGGGGACAUUGUACGGAAGAGCAUGUCCCAUCAGGCUGCGAUUGCCUCCCAGCGUUUCGAAGGCACAUCCUCCCAGACAGAAAGCAGGCCGUCCAGCCAGCCAUCAGAGAACAACGGCCGACAGUGAGAGGCCCGGCCAAGGAGGAGGUUCAAGAGAAGGUCCUUCGGUCAAGCCUUGGACCUGCAGAGCAGGAAGGAGGAUGCCCAUCUUUCACCAGAGACUUGCAAACACACAUUAUCUGUUGGGUUGUGAGUGUGUGUGCGUGUUUUUCUCCCCUUCUUAUUCAUUUCUUUAUUCCUUUUUCUCCUAAGGACUAGCAACGUGCAGGACAGGGAGGGAAACAGCGCAUGUGAUGGCAACAUUCAAUGUUCCAUGGGGUGGGGUGGAAAGUCUGAUGCUUGUCGAGCAUGAGGGGGACUGUGGGAAAAGAGUGUUUGUGUUGCAGCAGUUUUUUGUGUAUUCAAAACGUAACGAACCUUGUUGAUUUGACUGUACAUACAACUUUUUUCCUGAACUUCCUCUUUUCUCCCCCUUCCCUCACUCCCACUUGCAUCAUUCACACGUAUGCAUACAUAGUUCUGUAUCUGAGGCACAUGUGGGAAAAUCCCCUUCAUUCAGCAUCGAGGGAAAAAUUAAAAUGGGUAGUUGCAUUUUGUUGUUGGUAUCCAGAAAGGGCAAUUGAAGAGAGAUAUUGGCAAGGUGGAAUGUGUCCAGAGGAGGGCGACUAAAAUGAUCAAGGGUCUGGAGAACAAGCCCUAUGAGGAGCGGCUUAAAGAGCUGAGCAUGUUUCGCCUGCAGAAGAGAAGGCUGAGAGGAGACAUGAUAGCCAUGUGUGAGGGAAAGUCAUAGAGAGGAGGGAGCAGGCUUGUUUUCUGCUGCGUUGGAGACUAGGACACGGAGCAAUGGCUUCAAACUACAGGAAAGGAGAUUCUACCUGAACAUUAGGAAGAACUUCCUAACUGUGAGAGCUGUUCAGCAAUGGAACUCUUUACCCCAAAGUGUGGUAGAGGCUCCUUCUUUGAAGGCUUUCAAACAGAGGCUGGAUGGCCAUCUGCUGGGGGUGCUUUAAACGCAAUAUUCCUGCUUCUUGGCAGAAUGGGGUUGGACUGGAUGCCCCAUGAGGUCUCUUCCAAGGCUUUUCAAAGGUAGAGAUGGUAGAUCUUGGGCUCCAAACAUCUGGAGGACCAAAGGUUCACCAAGGAGAAGGUCACUAUGUGUUUCUGAGUCUGUGUUUGGAGUACAGUUCAGAAAGCAAAGAUACUGUAUUACCAGAAUGGUAAUUUCUCCAGAAUGGAUAUCCCAGGGUUCCUUUCUCUCUCCAAAUUUGUAUGAUCCCACCCACUGCCUCUCGUUUAACCUUUUCUUACCCAUUCCUAUGGCAAACAAUGCUUUUUUUCAAAUUCUGCAGGGGUUAGGGAGAGGGGAAUGACCCUCCCUGUGUGGGAGUUGUAGUUCACCCUGCAUCCAGAGAUACUGUAUUACCAGAAUGCGGGAGUUGUAGUUCACCCAGCAUCCAGAGAUACUGUAUUACCAGAAUGCGGGAGUUGUAGUUCACCCUGCAUCUAGAGAUGCUGUAUUACCAGAAUGCGGGAGUUGUAGUUCACCCUGCAUCUAGAGAUGCUGUAUUACCAAAAUGAUAAUUUCUCCAGAAUGGACAUCCUAGGGUUCCUUUCUCUCUCCAAAUUUGCAUGACCCCACCCACUACUUCUGACUUAACCUUUUCCUACCCAUUCCUAUGACAAACAAUGCUUUUUUCCAAAUUUUGCAGUGAUUAGGGAGAGGGGAAUGACCCGCCCGUGCAGGAGUUGUAGUUCACCCUGCAUCCAGAGAUACUGAAUUACCAAACUUCCCAAAACAAACACUGCUUUUCUCAAGUAACCCCGGUAUCACCGGGUCCUCAAGCUAGUAGAAUAUAGAGUUGGAAGAGACCACAUGGGUCAUCCUGUCCAAUACCCAUGCUAUAUUCCAUUGAGGAAACAUUACAUAGGAGGAAAUCAGAAAUGUUUUCCCACUUGAAAUGUGAGAUUCAGAGCUCUAUGAAAACCCCAAAUCGGCCCCUGCAGAGAGGUCUUCCUGCCUCCUGCUGUUCCUAGGCAUGUUUGUGCUUUUAGGAAGAGGAAUUCAAUCAACACAGCCUUACUGCUCCCAAACCAAGAGAAUGCAGGAAGGCUGAUGUGACCCCUUAAUGCAGUUCCUCAUGUUGUGGUGACCCCCAACCAUAACAUUAUUUUCGUUGCUACUUCAUAACUAUAAUUUUUCUAUUGUGAUUAAUUGUAAUGUAAAUAUCUGAUAUGCAGGAUGUAUUUUCAUUCACUGGACCAAAUUUGGCACAAAUACCCGACAUGCCCAAAUUUGAAUAUUGGUGGUAUUGAUUUUGUCAUUUGGGAGUUGUCAUUGCUGGGAUUUAUAGUUCACCUACAAUCCAGGAGCAUUCUCAACUCCGCCGACAAUGGAAUUUAACCAAACUUAGCACACACAACUCGCAUGACCAACAGAAAAUAUUGGAAGGGUUUGGUGGGCAUUGACCUUGAGUUUUGGAGUUGUAGUUCACCUACAUCCAGAGAACACUGUGGACUCAAAUAAUGAUGGAUUUGGACCAAACUUGGCACGAAUACUCAAUAUGCCCAAAUGUGAACACCAGUGGAAGUUUGGGGAAAACAGACCUUGACAUUUGGGAGUUGUAGUUGCUGGGAUUUAUAGUUCACCUACAAUCAAAGAGCAUUCCGAACUCCACCAAUGAUGGCAUCGAACCAAACGUGGCAUACAGGACUCCCAUGACCAACAGAAAGCACUAGAAGGGUUUGGUGGGCAUUGAUCUUGAGUUUGGGAGUUGUAGUUCACCUACAUCCAGAGAGCACUGUGGACUCAAACCAUGAUGGAUUUGGACCAAAUUUGGCACGAAUACUCAAUAUGCCCAAAUGUGAACGCCAGUGGAGUUUGGGGAAAAUAGACCUUGUCAUUUGGGUGUUGUAGUUGCUGGGAUUUAUAGUUUACCUACAAUCAAAGAGCAUUCUGAAUCCCACCAAUGAUAGAAUUGGGCCAAACUUCCCACACAGAACCUCUACGAGCAACAGAAAACACUGUUUUCUGGUGGUCUUUGGCAUCCCCUCUGACCUCCCCUUGCAACCCCCACCCAGGGGUCCCAACCACCAGGUUGAGAAACGCUGCCUUAGAGAAAGCGCCCCACCAAGAACGAUUCAUAGCUGGUACUUCUUAUCCAGAAUCUUUUGCUGUGUGCAAAGCCUUGGGCAGAGAGAGAGAGAGAGAGAGACUCAUGAUCCCUUAGUUCAUUCAACAUGACAAUCUAGGAAUGAUUCCCUCGGCUCCGGGGAGAGGUGGAUGAGCUCCCUCUAUCAACUCCAGCUCCUCAUGCGGGGACAUGAGAGAAGCCUCCCACAAGUAUGAUAAAAACAUCAAAUCAUCCGGGCGUCCCCUGGGCAACGUCAGUGCAGAUGGCCAAUUCUCUCACACCAGAAGCAACUUGCAGUUUCUCAAGUCGCUCCUGACACGAGAAAAACCCUUUCCAGAAGGGUUCCCUAUUUGGUGAAGAACUCCAGAUCAGAUCAGGCAAUCAUAAAAUAUAUAAUUUUUUCAGCCUUUGCUGCAAAAGUGUAUUUUGGUGUAACCCGAGUCUAGGAAGCACAAAUAAAAUUUGGACGCUUUCUCCAAAGUGCCAGGAGAGUCCUAUAAAAACUGCCUCUCCAAACCUGAAAAAAAUCAAAACAUUGGAGGCAAAGCUCUAAAGAGAUGGAAGCAAUAUCUUUGUCCUUAAAUGUACAGAGUUAGAUGGGUGUUUUCUUCCUCCAGCAUGGGUCGUUCUUUUUGUUUCCAACCUUUGCAUAGACAUAACGGACAAUUGCCAUUGCUUUUCUGCCCCCCGUCCCUGUUUUGUGAUAAAUAUGCACUUUCCUUCCGUAGAGGGCCUAAAAUACUGAAUGUUAGUUCCGAGAUCUUGUAAAUUUGCAAGCUGAGCCGACCGUCCUUCCUCCAAAAGAAACCGUUUGCAUGUCAUUGAACAACUUAGUGAAUACUUUCCUAUUUUGCCUUUUGACUUCAGCACUUUGAGGAAUGUGUUUUAAGCUUCUCCCCAUCGCCCUUCUCGGAAAAGGAUGGGGACUGGAAUUCGAAAACCCCUUUCCCUUCCAAUAAAAGGAAAGCCGAGAUGCCCACAGUUUUAAUGAAUUCUUGGACAUAACACGCUUUUUUUAUAUAGUUGUAUAUUCGUUUCCUUUCUGUAAUAAAAUAAAAGUGCAGUUUUAGAUCUUA